GUGGAUGGGGAAGGGCGAGGAGGGGAGGGGGAGGAGGAGGGGAGGGGGGGGAUCGGCAGGGCAGGGCGGGGAGGGAGGACACAAAAGAGCAGGGAAGUGGGGGAGAGAGAAAUAAUAAUAACAAAGUUUGCAAACAGGACAGCUCGUCUCCCUCCCGUAAUGAGAUUCAUCAGGGCUUAUCUGGCCCCUCUAAGCGCUUAAUCAGUCAUGUCGCCUCGGCGCUGUUGUCCCUCGCCCCGGCGGAAUGGGAUCAGGCAGCCCAGGUCAAGACGAGCCGGGAGACGCCAGUCCCGCGGGGCCAGGGCUGCGGCUCCAGCCCCGCUUUCCGCACGGCGGGAGGGCUGCUCCCCUCUCCCUUCGCAUCCCGGGCUGCGGAUCUGAACAUGAAGCACGCCGGGGCAAAGCCCAAGGUCACGGAAAACAGGAGGAGGAGGAGGAGGGAAAGGCACCCGAGGGACGGGAGAUGCGCUCGGGCCGGGCCCGAAGUGUGCGCGGCCGCGGGACACGGACCCAGGCCGGGCGGGACGUGGCUGCCGCAGGGGCCGGAUCGGGCCGACAGCCCUGGCUGGGGACUGCCCCGAGCCCAGCACACCUUGCAGGGGUGACACCCGUCCCGAGCCCAGCGGUGUCAGCUCGGAGCUGGCAGCAUGAGGAAGGCCGGACAGACAGACAUAAAGAGCCCCGUGCCAGCCCCUGGGAGAAGGAGCAGAAAGCGAAAGGGGACACAGAGAAGUGACAGCAAGAGAAGGCGAGACUCUCCGCUUUCAGCCCACCUCGGGACUCUCCAGAUAACCACAGGCACAAGAAUACAGGACACACACACGCAGAGCCCCCUCGCAGAUAGGCACAGAAUACGUCUCUCCCUCCUGCGAGAUAACUGGGAGAUAAGGCUCCGGCAGAUAAGAGCUGCAGGCACCGGCAUCGGAUGUUUGCCCACACAGUCUCCCUCGGGCUCCCCCAGCCAGGGGCAGCGGCCGUCGGCCGCGCUCCCCUCUGAGCGCCCGAGGGCAGAGAGACCGAGAGAAAACCGAGAAAGAACGAGGGAAACCGCGGCGAGGCAAGGAGAGAGAGGGG